AUGGCCUCUCCGGUGGCCUCGGCGGCCUCUUUAAGAACUGUGCCAACGGCCCCGAUGGCCCUUCCAAUGGCCCCAACGGCCCCUUCGGCAAUCCAUUUUGGCCUCGGUGGCCUUCGGACGGCUUCUUCAGCAGCCCCGGUGGCCCCGAUGGCCCCUCCAGUGGCCCUUUGGUGGUCUUUGGGCCUCGGUGGCCGUUCUGGCGGCCGCGAUGGCCUCGACGACCUGCUUAGCGGCCUCUUUGAGGGCCCUUUCGGCUGUCUCGGUUCCGGCGGCGUUGGUGGCUCCUUCGGCGGCCUUUCGGCGGCUUUGGAGCUUUUCCGGCGGCUCUGGCGACCUCAGCGGCCUUUUCAACGGCCUCGGCCAGUUCACAGGUUUGGUUUAAGGUCAUGCCCAAUAUGUUUGGGCGAUCCUAGAGAUCCAGUAAACCUUCCUUGUGAUCACAUAUUUUGUUAUGAUUGUAUCAAACAGUGGCUGGGGCCGGGACAGAUGAUCUGUCCACUUUGCUUGGUCAGUCCGCCAGAUGAUUACAAUCCCACAGUAUCUGAGGAGCACAGCAUUGCCAUAAAGAAAAACACCCAGUUCCGUAAAUUAUGCAACAAUUUUUUCAUAGACCUGGUUUCCACAAUGUGUUUCAAAGGCAACAAUCCCCCAGAGAAAUCUGUGAUUGAAGAGCUAUUGAAUCUGAUGUUUGUGCACAAGUCAGUUUUGAAAGGCCCUGAAAACUUACAUACCAAAUCUUUGUCCCCCUUUGAUGAUGUGGUGGAUAAAACUCCUGUAAUCCGUUCUGUGGUGUUAAAAUUGCUUCUGAAAUACAGCUUCAGUGAUGUGAAACUCUACGUACAAGAGCAUUUAUCACAAGUUGAAGCAAAUCACAUCAUGGACAAGGAAGAUAAAAUAGAGCUGUACAUGCUAUUCAUCAGUUGCUUUGAGGAUUCAUUGUGUGAGAAAAUAGAAAAUUUCCCCAAAGAAACCAAAAUACGUUGCUUGGCAAAGGAUGGGUAUUUUCUGGAAAAUUAUAUUCAUCAGUGGAACCGCUGCCAUCCAGUCUCCCAAAAAAUUACCAUUGAGUAUUUGCAAGGGAUUGCCAACCUCCGUCUAUGCAUGGAUAGAGCUGCAGAGGUGAUCUUUGAACUUCACGAAACUUCAGACAAUAGUGAAGAUAAAGAAAAGCAAAUCUACUUGGAAAAAGUGAGGCGGUUCUUCCACUGUAUUCAGAAUAACUGGCAUAACAUUUACCUUGUGCGAAAGCUUACUAGCCAGCAUAUAAGGACUCCAGCUCUGCACCGGCAGUUCAUUUUCUUUUGA